AUGGCUAAGAACAAAGUCAAGAAGGGAAGCAAGAACAAGGGUGCUAAGAAGCACUCUGUUCCUCCAAAGGCUUUGCCCGUCACACUUCUGUCUGGGUUCUUGGGCGCUGGUAAAACCACCCUUCUUCAACACAUCCUCCGUAGCGAACACGGUCUUCGUAUAGCAGUAGUCGUUAAUGACAUCGGAGCUAUCAACGUUGACGCCUCUCUCAUCAAACAAACCCACCGCCUAACCAAGACUCAAGAAAAGGUCAUCGCUCUCCAGAAUGGCUGCAUCUGCUGUACCCUCCGCGGCGAUCUCCUUGAAGAACUGGUCCGCCUUGCCCAGCUUCAGGAAUUCGACUAUAUUAUUAUCGAGAGUAGCGGUAUCAGUGAGCCGGAACAGGUUGCUGAAACCUUCGAUGCUAGAUUGGCGGAGCAGAUGGAUUCAAUGGAAGGAGCUGGGUUGGAUGAGGACAUGGUUGCAGUGCUGAAGCAGCUGAAGGAUGCUGGUGGUCUUGAGAAGUUUGCAAGAUUGGAUACUACCGUCACUGUCAUUGAUGCAUUCACCAUGCUACAUGACUUUGACACGAGUGAUCUCUUGUCUUCCAGACGCGAUGAUGUUACCCCUGAAGACGAACGAACAGUUUCAGAUCUGAUGGUUGAUCAGAUCGAGUUUGCGGAUGUUAUCAUCCUCAACAAGCUCGACAUGGUCGAUGCUUCAACGAAGCCUCGUUUACUGGACUUGAUCAAGAGGCUCAACCAUAGAGCCAAGGUCAUUGAGUCAAGCUAUGGCAAGGUUGAUGUUAAGCAGAUUGUCAACACGGGCAUGUUCAACCUCCAGGUUGCCCAGUCUGGCUAUGGCUGGCUCCAGGAUCUCCAUGCCAUGACUGUUCGCGAGGUCAAUGGCCGUAAUGUCAUUACUCCCAAGCCUGAAACUGAAGAGUACUCGGUCCGCAGCUGUAUCUACAGCCGUCACAGACCCUUCCAUCCUCGUCGACUCUGGGCGUUGCUGUACGACAAGUUCAUUCUCCAGCUUGAACAUCCGGAUGAGGACGAAGAAGAGGAUGGAGAGGAUGAAGAAGAAGAUGAAGACGAGGAUCUUGAGAUGGUCGACUACGCGGACGCUGAGGAGCCGUCUCAAGUCACAUCAACGCAGGAGCAAGACGGAUCAGACUCAUCUUCCUCACGCGGCAAACGGUCCGCCCCCUCAUCACCCCGAAGCUCCCACUCAACCAUCUCUUCCGCCCCAUCUCCCGAGCCCUCAUCCAAGAAACAAAAGCUCAAUUCCACAGAGAUGGAUGAAGCUGAAGACCUCUCCCCACCUUCCAACGAAACCAUACUCGUGACCAAGCGACAACACCCCAUUUUCUCCCGCCUCUUCCGCUCCAAAGGUGAAUUCCUCCUCGCUACACGUCCCCACCGCGCAGGGGACUGGUCUCAAGCAGGCGCAAUGCUCACCAUGACCGGCGGUCGACCUUGGUUCUGCACCCUCCCGCCCGAAGACUACACUACCGGUGAUGCAGAGGUCGAUGGUCUCGUGCAACACGAUAUUCAGAAAGGUGGUGAAUGGGGAGACAGAAGACAGGAACUUGUAUUUAUCGGGGAGAAUCUGGAUCGUGAAGCGCUGGAGAAAGUCCUGGAUGAGUGUUUGCUGACGGAUAAGGAGUUUGCGGACUGGGAAGGUGUUAUGAGGAAAAGUUUGAGUGAUGAGGAGAAGAGGGAGAAGCUUGAGGACUUGUUCGACGAUGGGUUUCCGGAUUGGUCCGGAGACGAUGAGCAUGCAGGACAUGAUCAUGAUCAUGAGCACAGUGGUUUGAGGUCGAUUAAGAAGCAUUUGCAGGAGGUUGACUAG